AUGGUCGACCCGGAGGUUGUGCGGCGCAGGGUGCUGGCGCGGCUCCACGGCAGCGACCCCGACUGGGACGAGGACGACCUGCCGCCGGUGCCCGGCGAGCGCGAGAGCGGCUACCGCGCGGAGACCGAGCGACACGACCAUGCCGCGAGCAACGGAGCGGGCACCGUCGCGGGCGUCGCCCCGAGGUCGGGCGCCAGGCGCGUCGCGCAGCGCGUCGCGUUCGGCCGCCGCGUCCCCGAACCCGGCGCAUCGUCGGGGAACGGACGCGCGGGACGGGAGAACCGCCCGCCGCGGCAGUCGCAACCGCUCCGAGCGUCGCCGUCGGCGGAGUCCUCCGGCGCGUCCGUUCAUUACCGCGACGUUCCCCCGGGGAUGCGAGGGGAUCCGCGCGGGCCCGACCGCGCCGCGAGACCGGCGACGUCAUCGUCCCAGCGCGGUCAGUCACUCUCGCUCCUCAAGCGCGAACACGCCGCGCGUCAGUCCCCGGCGCAUCGUCGCGACCCCGACGCCCCGCCGGCCGCCGAGGCUGAGAGCGUCCACCGCCCGCGACAUUUCCAAAACUCGCACACCCAAGUGUACAACCGCCUCGUCGCGGAAUCCGCCGCGCGACGCGCUCGGUUGCCGCGGCCCAGGGACGACGAAGGGGGUGCCGACCACGGUACCGACCACGGUACCGACCACGGUGCCGACGACGACGAGUGGCGCGUGCGCUUCGACGAGCCGCACGCGCCGCCGCCGCAUCCCCGCCGCGGCGCUCGCGUCGACGCGUCGAGCAAAAACACAACCGAGGAUGAAGGGGGCGGGUACUGGGGCGCGACGGAGCCCGAGGAGGGCGGCAACACGGACGCCCACGACGAACCCGACCCGACACAGCUGUUGGAUCCGACACGCGGCGGCGGGGCGAGGAGGUCGCGGCGGCGGGGCGCGGGUAUUGGCGCGGGUAUCGGGGCGCCGCGCGCGAGUUCGGCUUUGCGCUCGCCGGAUGGGGGGCUCGAUGACGACGACGCCGGCGACGCGAUGUCCACCGGGGAGGAGGACGAGCCCUCCGACGACGAGACCGGCAGCGACACCGGCAGCGACGUCGCGGCGGUCGGGGACGACAUCGGGACCCUGCCCAGGACCGUCGACGUGCUCGGCGCGCUUCGGGGCGAUAACCUGGAGCUGCGGGAUAAGCUUCGGGAGGCGACGGAGAUGCUCAGCCGCGUCUCCGAGGAACGAGCCGCGGCGACGCGACAGCGGACUCUUCUGCAGCGGCAGCUGAAAGAGGCGACGGCGACGCGGGAGCGGCUCAGGGAACGGGAGGCGGUCGCGGAGCGCGCGAGGAGGGAGGCGGCGGAGGCGGGCGCCGCCGCCGAGGCUCGCGCCAAAGCCGCCGAGAAGAAACUCGAAAAGCUGGCCAACGCCAAGAAGGCGGCGCUCGAGGCGGAGUCCCGCACGGUCCGCGCGGAGUCCAGGAUCAGCACGUUGGAGAUGGAGCUCGCGUCCAUGCGCGAGCGCGUGGAGCGAGCCGAGGAGGAACGCGACGAAGCGAAGGCGGAGACGAAGGCUAUGGCGGUGUGGCGCAUCGAGGAGGAUGAAAAGGCCAGGAGCGGCGAUCACGCGGCGCUCGUCGCGGCGGCGGAGGAGGCGGAGCUGAUCCUCGCGCCCUUCGCCGGUGAGGACGCGGAUACCGACAUCGACGCCAUACUCAGCCCGCAGGCCAAGUCCGGGCCCGGUCGCCGCGACGAGGAUGAGAUCCGGUCGACGCACCCGCUCGCGGCGAUCGCCGCGAGAGCCGCGGCGAACAUGGAGAGGAGGGAGUCGCGGCUGAGCUCGCUGCUCUCCGCGCUCACCGGGGAGAUGGCCGCGUCCAAGCGUGCCGAGAAGGAGAUCUCGCAGCUUCGAAAGAGGGUCGCGGAGUCGGAGACGGCCGCCGCCGCGGCGAUUGGCGCCCUCGAGCGCGAGCGCCUCAACGCCUCAACGCGCGGAUUUUCUUCGGCCCGCGGGGGCGCCGUCGAAGGCUCCGGCGUCGCCGCACCCGCGACGCCGUCGGCUCGGGACGUGGCGUCGAUGGCCGUGGGCCUCGCGUCCUCCGCCAAGUCCCGCGUCCGCGACGCCGAGGAGGAGCUGCGCGCCGCCAACGCGCGGAUCGAGGCGGCGCUGCGCGAGAACGCGUCGCUGGAGUCGCGGUUGGAGCGAUCGGAACGGCUUCGCGCGGGGCUGCGACUCGCGGCGGACGCCUCCGAGGCGAUGACCGAGCAGCUCGGCGAGCUCGAGACGGCGAACGGGAAGUUGCGCGACGAGUGCAUGGCCACGUCGAGGGUCGCCCUGCACUUGCACAGGCGGUGGAGGAUGGCGAGGAUGGAUCGGUGGGCGGAGGGUAAGGCUCGAGGGAUGUCGUCGUUUGGCGCGGACCUGCGGGACGCCAAGGCGGCCGUCUUCUUCUGUUUCAAGUUUUGGCGGGAGCUCUCGAAAGGGGACGCGCCGGAGCAGGACCAGGGACCCUCGGCCGCGGCUAGCCGUCGUUCGUCGGUGGAGGAGGAGAAGGGCGCGGAGGACGGGUUCUCCUUUGCGCCGCCGUCCCCGCGAGGCGAGGAUGCGUUCACGCCCCCCGCCGCCGGCGGUGGCCCGACUCCCUUCAAGGACCUCAACCCGUUCGCGAAUAAGUAG